GAUCUCAAAAUGUGCAUAACAUUUGUUUAUAUCAGUGAUGAUCUGGGAUCAAGGUACAAGUUGAUUAUACUCAAUAAUCGAGACGAAUCCUAUGAUAGACCCACUCUUGAGCUGGAUUGGCGAAAUGGAAUUCUUGGUGGCACCGACAUACAGGAUCCAGCGAAGGGUACAUGGUUUGCUGCAAAUAAGAAAGGCAGAGUUGGAAUACUGUUAUCGAUAGCUCAGCCGGUUCCUACAAUGAAAUCUGGUUGUCCUAGCAGAGGUAUCAUUGCCAAGGAUUAUCUGAGCACACCGUGUACAACGAAGCAAUUCUUUGGCGAUCUUUCGGAUAAAGCCCAUUUAUACAAUGGUUUUCAGUUCUUAGGCCUAGAAAAGGAUUACGAAGGUUGCUAUAAUAUGACAUCACUUACCAGUAUGUAUGUUGAUGAGGUUAAAUCGCGAUCAUGGUCUCCAGGAACUUAUGUCUUUGGCAAUAGUCCUCCAGAAAAACCGUACCGAAAAGUUGUUGAGGGCAAAAAGCUCUUCGAGAAGUUCGUUUCUUCCUUGAAUAACGAAACUGAAGUCGAUGAUAUCAUUGAGCGUUUACUGAUAAUAGGAACUGAUAAAAGACAGUUUUUCCCUGAUCCACAGAUGGCCUUGCAAAGUGGCCGUCCACCGGAGUGGUACCUGCACAAUACCUCAAUCAUGACAAGGUUUCCCCUGGAAAUGAGACGAUAUGGAAGUGUACUAGCGGAUAAAGAGCCAGCAAUGAAAUUGUUGCUACUACUAAUUUUUGCAAUUUGCCAUGUUAGCCAUGCUUACAAGAUUCUUGUCUAUUCGGCUCCCUUGGGUUAUUCACACAUGCAAUUUAUGGGACGGAUAGCCGACAUUCUGCAGGAGGCAGGACACGAUGUGACUGUCUUGCAUCCAAUAUGGUGUCCGAAAUACCUCUAUGCAGUGUCGAAGCUGGCUAAACAGGUUUUGUUUGAUCUUCCACUGAGGGUGCAAAAGGCGUUGGAUCCAAAAAAUCUCAGGGUAUGGGAAUUGAACAGUAAGUCGAUAGUACAGCAACUUGGCAUGUUCAGCGAACAUACAGCCUUGCAGAUGCAAUCGUGCGAAUAUUUGCUGAGUGAUAAUCACACCAUCGAGUUACUAACUAGGGAGCAUUUCGACGCCGGUAUAACGGAACUGAUAGCUGGUUGUGGAUAUGGACUGUUCAAUAAGCUAGGCAUUGGUCACAUGAUAAGCGCCUCCGCUCUUGGUCUGGUUGACUCUAUGGCGGAAUUCUAUGACGCACCGCGGUUUCCCAGCUUUGUGCCCUCGUUUCUUCUGCCCGUAACUGAUAAGAUGAACUUUAUGGAACGAGUCAUCAAUUUUAUCACUAGUUGUAUAGCAAAAUACGUUGAAGUGGAAGUGGUGCGCAGUUACAAGAACAUAUUCGAGCGACAUGGUGUCUCGACUAAUGUAGAGGAAUACUACAGCAAGUCCAACUAUUUGCUGUCAAACUCGGACGAGUUUCUCGAGUUUGCGCGUCCCUUGACUCAUAAGAUCGUUCACUUAGGUGGCAUUGCUCUAGCUGAAAAACAGCCUUUAACGCAGGAAAUACAAGAGCUUGUACAACGCAAGGACAGAGUAGGUGUCAUCUACAUCUCCUUUGGUUCGGUAGUACCGACGAUUGAGAUGCCUGCUUAUUUUCGUGAAACAAUAUACCAAGUUGCAAGAUCACUUCCAACGUAUACGUUCAUAUGGAAGUCUGACCCGAACGAUACCUUUUCAAACAUUGCCAAUCUUCAUAGAUACGACUGGGUACCGCAACAAGCCUUAUUAGAACAUCCUAAUCUCCGUUGUUUUGUAUCUCAUGCUGGCCUGAACAGUGUACUCGAAACAUCCAGAAGUGGAAAGCCCUCCAUACUUGUACCAAUCUUCGGAGAUCAAUUCAGGAAUGCAAGACUAGCAGAAGCAAAGAAUACUACUAUAGUUUUGAUGAAGGAAAGCUUCAACUAUAACACAUUUAGGAAUGCGCUGAAUAAGAUCCUCAACGACAAAAGCUUUACUCUUCGAGCUGCCAAACUGGCGUCGCUGAUGAUCAACAAGCCAUUUUCUAUCAGGGACAGAUUGCUGCAAACAGUCGAAUUUUCUAUACAGCAUGGCAAAAUUGAAAACCUUGACGUCUACGGGCGAAAUCUCAAUGCUUUGCAGUACUACAGUAUUGAUGUGAUUGCGUCCCUGAUUGCCAUCCUCGCUCUAACAAUAUACACAACCGCACAGCUUUGGUGGUAUCUCAUCCGAAGGUUGAUAGUAAUUAAGCUGAAAAUUGAUUGA